UCAGCCUGCCUCCUGCCAACCACAUUUCCAUAUAAACAACUUUUACCUUUCCUAUUCAAGAUAUUUCCCAUCUAUAAAACUUCCACAAAUUCUUCAUUAUAUUAUUCCAACAUCUUUAGCUCUUUUAAUAUACAAAAAUACUUCAAUGUCUCGUCAAUGGAUGAGCCUAGUAGGAGCAUUAUGGCUACAAUCCAUGGCUGGAACAAACACUAAUUUCCCAGCUUAUUCUACUCAAAUCAAGAAACUUUUAUCCAUAUCUCAAAUUCAACUCAAUAACCUAGCAUUUGCUUCUGAUGCUGGAAAAUUACUUGGUUGGUUUUCAGGAAUUGCAGCUACUUAUUUACCACUUUGGCUAGUUCUUUUAAUUGGUUCAACACUUGGAUUUAUUGGCUAUGGGGUGCAAUAUCUUUUCCUUACAAAUCAUAUCCAUUCUUUAUCAUAUUGGCAUGUUUUUUCACUCACUUUUUUAGCUGGUAACAGUAUUUGUUGGAUCAACACUGUUUGUUACAUUUUAGCAAUACAAAAUUUUCCAUUAGAUCGUCAAGUUGCAGUUGGAUUAUCAACAAGUUACUUAAGUUUAAGUGCCAAGAUUAUUACAGAUAUAGUCAAUGUUAUUAAUUUUUCAUCUCCAAGUGAAAGAGCUAAGGUUUAUCUUCUUUUAAACUCGGUUUUACCCCUCUUUGUUUCAAUUGUUACUGCACCAGUAAUUCGUGAGACAAAAGUUGAAAAAUCAAGAAAAUUAUCAGAUGGUUUUAGAGUAAUGUUUAUUAUAACAUUAGCUACAGGGGCUUAUGCUGUGAUUACUAGUAUGGAAUCUGCUAUGAAUAAAUUAUUGCCAAGAUUGUUAAGUUUAUUUGGAAUGGGGGUAUUUUUGGUACUUCCAAUAUUGGUACCAUUGACUGAAAAAAUUAAAGAACAUUGGCAUAGACAAUGUUGGAUAAGAAGAGACACAAGAAUUUGUGAUUUAAGUAAUUUGGAGGAAGCUGAAAUGAGAAUAUCACAAGAGGAGAAUACUAAUUGUGGGGUGAAAGAAGAAAAUGAUAUUGGAUUUGCUGUAAUGGAGGAAAUUGGAGCAAAGAAAAUGCUGAUGAGAUUGGAUUUUUGGUUAUAUUUCUUUGUUUAUUUAUUUGGUGCAACACUUGGUUUGGUUUAUUUAAAUAAUUUGGGACAAAUUGCUGAUACUCGUGGAUAUACUGGGACUUCUGCUCUGGUUUCAUUAUCAUCUUCUUUUGGUUUCUUUGGUCGUCUUCUUCCUUCACUCUUCGACUAUCUUUUUUCCAGGAGUAAAUAUGCAAUUUCAAGACCAGCGACUAUAGCACUGACACUAGCACCAAUGACAGGAGCUUUCUUUUUGCUACUACACAAUAGUCACGUUCCUCUCUAUAUUAGCACCGCUAUAAUUGGAAUUUGUACGGGAGCCAUUACUUCUAUUUCUGUUGCACAAACCACUGAGCUAUUUGGAACUAAGAAUUUUGGUGUCAAUCAUAAUAUUGUUGUGGCAAAUAUUCCAAUAGGUUCCUUUUUAUUUGGGGACUUAGCAGCUUUGAUCUACAGAAGACAAAGAAAUUCAAGUGAUGGAAUUUGUUUAGGCAUGAAAUGUUUUCAGACAACAUUUGUUAUUUGGGGUUGUCUUUGUUUCCUAGGAACUUGUUUAGCUUUCAUUCUUCAUAUAAGAACUCAAAAAUUCUAUAACCAUUUACGUGGAAGAAAUUAAUAUUAUUAACUAGUAAUAUAGAGUUAAUAACAUUAGCGGUUAUUAUUAGACAGCAGUACAAACGGAUAUGUUUUUGUUACUUUGUUUAGUUGUGUGUAACAUCCAUGUAUACCUACUAAAAUUCGAAUAUAAGGUAAAAAAAAAAUGUUUUGUUAA